AAGAAAUAAUGAGGGCCUUUGUUUGGGACAAGCCUCGCAGGAUGUUUUGAAGAAUCAUUAUAGAGAGGUAAAUUAGAAUUUCAAACUUGCUGACACAGUCCCCCGGUCGAUUCGUGAUUUGAAGAAAGCAACAGGAAAAUGAAUACAGGAGGCUGAAGCAUCUUUUCCGCAUAAUUGUGCUAGGGCGAGCGGUUUCCCGAUGUACUUGCGUCUGUCUUCUAUUCAUUACCGAUCUAAAUGGGAUAAUCUGGUCCGCUUCUAUUGCUGCAGAGCCGUCGCAUUCACGAUUCACGAGCCUGCACUGCAACACUGAAUUGAAUUAAUUUGGUUCCCCAACUGAGGUGGAAAGUGGUUGAAAAGAUCUGAGCAGAGAGCGAGCUUGGAAGUGUACAUGAAUUAAUGUGUUUGUCGGAAGUGGGAUGGAAGUGACAGGACAAGGGUGAGUGGGACUAAAUGGUAGUGUGUAGGGUAGCAACUAUGAAAGAGGAGGGAAGAGUUAUGGAAGAGAGAUCAUAGGAAAUGAAUGCGAGUGUUUGAGGACGAGUGACUGAAGGAGAGAGAGAGAGGGAAGGGGGAGGUUUCCUAAGUGCUUGAGAAUCAGUGACUGAUAGAGGACAACAUUGCAAGAGAGGUGUUGAGCAUGCAUCCGUCUCUAGUGUUAUCUGUGCAUGCUCAGAUGGGGUAGGAGAUACGCUGCACGGUACGGGGCACAGUGGGAAAAGCCUGGCAACUCUGCGGAAGCUUUUUAUAGACAUAUGGGGAAGCAAUAAGUCCAAAUGGCAUCAAUUCUGAAGCAAAGCCACAAAAGCCAUGAGAAGACAAGCUACUGACUCCUGCCUGAUUUCUGGUGUGGGUUAGCUGAACUGGAUGUCCGGAGCUCUCUUUGUCUCAGAGUGAUGGUUCUUCCUAUCAGGACGUGUCAGGAUUGCCUCUGAGAGAAGCAAUUUUUGGCUCGUCCUCCGAGGUGUCACACCGGAUGCAUUCUUUUUCUGCCAGCUCGAUUGGCAAUGUGACUUGUUCUUACUAUUCUUAGUGCACUAUUUGGAUACAUAUUUUCUUCACAUCAAAUACUGAUGGCUCCUGUACUGAAGACGUUCUCUUUAAUGUAAAAUACUCUUCAUGAUAUACAUUUUUGAAUAAGUGGAAUUGCAAUGGAGGCUGAAAAGAUUCACAGAUGACUUUUGGUAUGUCACAAACCUCUCAAAAUAGAAGCUCAAAAGGGUGUUUUACUUAUUUAUUUUCUGGCUGUCUUAAGAACAAAGGUUCUUUCAUGCCAAAAAUGAUACCGUUUGAUUUAAUUUUAACAUCAUACAGAAAAGAUCAAAGCUUUGCUGAGAACAGUUUGUUUCAGUGCUGAAACUUUUCCAAUUUUCUUGAUGCCCUUUCCUUUUUGAAAUUUUUCAUUUUUAAUUCCCUUAGAGAUACUAGAUAUUCCUGGACUGAAUUCAAAGUUUUCUAACAUCAGCAGUGCCACAAACAACUAUGCUGAGAUGUUCAGAUCAGAGAAUGGGUCUUUUAUCCAGAUAGGUCUAAACAAUACUGUGCUGGGCUUCAGACAUGAAGUCCAGUGUCCUGUCCCCUCCUGGCUGCCGGUGCUGCUGUCAUCCCCAUGUGAAGGAUGUUUCACGGCACAGCGCUAGGACCAAUUGAACCAAGCAAGAGCCCUGACCGGAGAGCAGAGAUCCGCAGGCACAUUAAGAUGGUCAUGGAACAGCUGGAGGAAGUUCUCGCUGAGCUCAAGGAUGUGGCGAAAGAGCUCCGGGAGGUUGUGGCCCAAAUUGACAAGUUAACAGCAGAUAUUGACCUUGACUCAGAGGAUGACCUGACAGUAGUGUGCUGCAGCGAGGACCGUGGCGACCUCUUGCACAAUGAGACAUUAUCCGACAACCUUUUACUGCACAAUCCUCUCCGUAACCCAACCACAGCUAAGAAGCAAGAGUUAGACCUCUACCGCAGGAGCUGUGGAGACUUACCUGCCCUCAAUGGACCAUUAAAGGCCCCAAACAGCCCUAAAGCCUCCUGGCUCUUUGGAUCAGGAGGAAGGAUCCAUUCUUACGACAAGACGCUAUAUCACGCGUUGUGCUGUGAUGAUGAUUACGAUGAAGAGAGAGGGGGACUAAGAUCAUCAAGGCUGUCGUCCACAGACUCUGUGUUUUCAUCUUCGCCUCCAAGGUUUCUGACUCCCAGAUGUAAACGUAAAACUUACUCAAGCCCGGACUCGAAAAAAAGAGCCCUCCGUAGCUGCAGUACGCAAACUGUAUCUGAUAAAAGCACACAAACUCACUUCCCAUUCAUUCCAGUCAAGCUGAGAUCUUCAAGUGACUACAAGAACUAAAACAUCUGCAAGCAUCCCAAAAAGGAAUUCACCAAAAAAUUAAAAAUCUUUUAUUAUAUUUUAUGC